GGGCCGCCCGCCGUACUGAGGGAGGCUGUCGAGGCUGUGGUCCGGAGCUUCGCUAAGCACACACAGGGAUACGGCCGCGUCAAUGUUGUCGAAGCGCUUCAGGAAUUCUGGCAGAUGAAGCAAUCACGUGGUGCUGAUCUGAAAAAUGGUGCCCUGGUGGUUUAUGAAAUGGUCCCAUCCAAUAGUCCUCCUUACAUUUGCUAUGUCACGUUACCAGGGGGGAGCUGUUUCGGCAGUUUUCAGUUUUGCCCAACAAAAGCUGAGGCCAGGAGAAGCGCUGCAAAAAUUGCACUGAUGAAUUCAGUCUUCAAUGAGCAUCCGUCCCGGAGGAUCACAGAUGAAUUUAUUGAGAAAAGUGUCUUGGAGGCUUUGGCAUCUUUCAAU